UAUAAUUUUGGAGUAUGGGUUCUUGGAAGAAAAGAAAGAAAGGAAACGAAGCUACAUUUUUCGAGGCCGACGUUGGGUAACGCAGGCGGAAAUGGUUUCUCGGGUCAGCCGGGGGUUGAAGGCCGCAGGCUAUGUGGUGGUGGAAAUGUGGGAUUUCUUGGGCUCUGACCUGAGGGAAAAGAAUGAGUUUGAGGCGGCCUCGUGGGCUUCAAUGUCAUUGACGGACAGGUGUGAAGCAUGUCGGGCCAAGUACCGUCAGGUACUGAAGGCCAAGUACAGUGACCUGAUGGAGGCGUACAGGACCAAGCUCGGGCCAAGGUUUCCGUAUUGCCCGCCGCCACACAGGCGCCCCAGGUCGUACCUGGUUCGAAUCCGGGCUUCCAAGUUUAGAAGGCUAACAUACGCCCGAGUGGAUGUUGGAGAUGCUGUGCAGGGAUCAAGCAGGUCAACAGCCAAGUCCCUGGAGGAUCAUCACCCGCAGCAGCGAGAGCAGCAAAAGAGAAGCAAUAAUAAGGACUCGAUUGUGCGAGAGCCGGAUGAGCGUGCCGCCAGCAAACGACUGGACGCCGUCGUGGGACGCCUCGGCGACGGCUUUCAUCAUCACCGACUGCAUCAACCGGCUGCGGGGUUGCCAACGACGGCGACGCCGUCAUCGGCUACUUUGCGGCGGCAAGCGAGGGCCAAGCCUGCUCAGAUUCCUAGGUUUUAUUAUCCGAUGGGUCGCCCGAAAUCGGCGACGGAACUGGAACAGGCGUGUCGACGAGUCGCCGAUGCGUUCGACUCGGUGGCGCAGCCAUUUGCGACGCGGGAAGAUUUUGCGAUGAUUGCGAAAGCCUGUGAUUUGCCGCUGUACCUCAAGGCCCCGCUGUUUUUCUGCGCUGUGGCCCAGGGUUGCCACAGCCCCGGGCAAACCACGGGUUCUCAGGACUCGGUUACCAUCGGCAAGCAGGAGUUUCUCGACUUUUGGCGCCGGUGCGUUAUUGGGAUCGUUGAUAAUUCCUGGAUGUCCACAUUUAUUAUUAUUAUUAUUUCGUGUCUUGGGACUUUUGAGGGGACACUCAUGACCCAUCAUGACGUUUGCGCCCAGUUCAUUCACGUGUUGUCCAGAGGAGCCCCGAGGGGAUCCAAGCCUUAUCUUUUGCCAGAAGACUUGGUGGCAAUGGUGCAAGACAUUGUUGACACUCAUCCUGGACUCGCUUUCCUCAGGGAAGCCCAGGAGUUUCAUUUUAGAUACGUCAGAACGGUGAUAGCGAGAAUUUACUACUGUGUGAAUCGGUCUUGGUCCGGAAGAAUCACUUUGCCGGAAUUGCGACGCUCAAAUCUUUUGCAAGUCAUUUCCAUGUUGGAGACGGAGGAAGACAUCAAUCAAAUCACCGAGUACUUUUCCUACGAACACUUUUACGUCAUUUAUUGCAAAUUCUGGGAAUUGGACCGAGAUCACGAUCUGUUCAUUGAUCGUCUGGACCUUGCCAGACACGCUGAUGGAGCGAUUUCGUCGAGGAUGAUAGACAGGAUUUUCAGUGGAGCUGUUACCAGAGGUCAAGGACACACCAGAGGACCGGGAAACCAACUCAUGAGGAGAAGUGAAGAGAGGCACAGGAUGUCGUACCCAGAGUUUAUCUGGUUUCUCAUUUCCGAGGAAGACAAGAGGCAUCCGACUGCUGUUGAAUAUUGGUUCAGGUUUAUGUUGGACUUGGUGCAGCCUGCCAAGUCAGGGAUGAUCUCAUUGGGGGAUCUGAAGCGAUGUCAUCAGACCCCGAUCUUCUUUGAUACAUUUUUCAACCUGGAGAAGUACUUGGAGCAUGAACACAGGGAUCCCUUUGCUGUCCAAGCUCGAGAUCCUGACAAUCCUGAGCAGCAGUUAUCCGACUGGGAAAAGUAUUGCAUUGAAGAGUAUGAGCAACUUGUGGCUGAAGAAGGAGCAGGUGAUGCCACAGAAAUAAUGUAUGAUGACGACAUGGAGGAUGAAUCUGGAGAUAUCGAUGAAUUGUCUCCAAACCUGGAUCAGAUCAUCAUUGUUGAUGCACCGGAUGGCAAGCAUAUUGUCACUGAGCCAGAUGAUGAUUUUGCUGACUAUGCUGAUGCCUGAAGCAGCAUUUGUGCCGAGGUGAUCUCUGUCCCAGCUGUUUACUACCGUUGUCGAGAUUGGAGUGAAGACCAAAAAUAAAUCAUGCCACCAGCGCUGAUGAUCUCUUCUGAGGGGCUCAAUCUUGUCAACUGACCUGCUGAUGGAACUGAAGCUGAAGAGUCAGAAUUCUGGUGCUUUUUUUUUUUUGCUAGAUAAGUAGUGCAGAAGUGACGAAAAAGGUGAAUCCAUUGUGAGGAGGAACUGUCACGAAGCAGGGGUGAUGAACACCUGUGCCAAAAUUACGCGUUGCCAUUUAAAAUUUUUCAUAGUUGUUGGGACUCACAUUGUCACUGUGAUCUGCCUGUUUGACGCAGAGGUUUUUUUUUCGAAUAUGUUCGUUCCACUGAAAAAGACAGUGUUAUCAAGUGCCAAGGAUUUUAUGCAAGGUGUGCAUGAUCUUCUGAUUGAUUUACUUUCAACGACUUCAGCCAUCAUUGAGGUCAUUUUCAUCAAUUGGUAAACUAAUGAAUAAUGACUAAGACACUGAAAUUUACUAGACACGGUUUGGCUGUUUGCAUUUUCUUUUUGUACUUGUGAUUUAUCUUUUUGCUCGCUCAUGUGGUUGUGUGAGUAUUCCUGUUCUGUCCUUGAGCUGAAAGAGAAUUUCUUCAGCAUGAAGUCAAUCAAUCGUCUUGCAAGAAAGUCAAAAAUAAACCUCUGAAUUUUUUUAGAGCCA